AUGGCAGCCUCCAAUCAGAUUGGUCAAGUAGAAGCCUUCGACGAAACUGCCGUUGAGCGCGCACUGGCUCUGGAAGAAGCCAAGAAAAACGUUGAGGAAGCGCACGCGAAAGAAGCUGCCGACGAAUUGCACAAAAUGGGCACCGAAGGCGAAACGAAAAGGAAGCGAUUUUUCGAGUGUUAUCGCUGUGGCUCCGACAGUCAUUUUUCCCGCGCUUGCCCGCAUAUCGCCGAUAAGUGCACGAAGUGCGGCAAGAAGGGCCACAUUCAGCCUGCCUGUCGUGGUCCAAAACAGAAGCCGGCAAGUUCCGGAAAGUUGGUACGCACUCUUCAAAGCGACGACACAGGCAAUGUCCAGAUGCUGUCUCAAAGAACCCGGCAUCCCAUCACCGUCGAAGUCGAAAUUCAGGGUGUACCCUUGCGCAUGGAGUUAGACACAGGUGCUACAGUGUCUGUGAUAUCACGGCAACAGUUCAAGAAGCUUAGACCGCCUUCGAAGCUGGAACCAACAGCACUGCGACUGAAAACAUACACAGGAGAAGUCCAACCCUGCGGCGGCUUCAACGCGGCCGUACGAUACAAGGACCAAGUCGGUGACCUUCCAUUGUGCGUCGUAUACUACGGCGGACCAGCUCUACUAGGACGCGAGUGGCUCGAAACUUUUCUCUUGGAUUGGGACGAAAUAUGCGGUUUACACAAGCUGUGCAACGAUUCGCACGCUGACGCAAGCCAAGAGGACCACGGCACGCGACAGAGAGCACUCCUCGACAAAUAUAACACCAUUAUUGACGACAUCCUUGACAAGAUAGAAGUCCCAGCUCGAAGUCGGGCACUCAAGUCUGCCGAUGACCUCAGGUACGGCAGAAACGCUCGUGCGACGGAGAAGCCAGGCUUCCAGGACCUUUCCUUCGGUAAAAGGCCGACUGCCCAGUUUGGUUAG